AUGGACGAACAAGGUUUAGUUUCCGAUGAGAACCUCGAUAGGGCAUCACCAGAACUUUGGCCCGAUCAAAGUGUUUCAGAAUUUAUAUCAACACGUCAGCCAGAUCUGAAUAUCCAGACACCUUCGAAGUACAGAACUGAUCUUGACAAAGAGGACCUUGAACUGAUUCAUGACUUUGGAAGCUUAUCAACCCAGCAGCUUAUGGAUAAGAUUAAGCAUCUGCAGAAUCUGGCCUACCAAGUUGGCUUGGAAGAAUCUAAAGAAAUGGCUCGUGGAAAGUUUCUCAAUAUUCUUGGAAAGCGGUAG